AUGAACAGAGGCAAGCGCGGAGGAGGCGCACCAGCGAGAGGCGGCAAGACUGAACAGCGGCCAAAGAAGGAAGCAAUCUUAAACCUCGCAAAAUACCAAGACAAACAAGUCCGAGUCAAAUUCACAGGCGGCCGCGAGGUGGUGGGUGUGCUCAAGGGAUUCGAUGGCCUUAUGAAUCUAGUCCUUGAUAAUGUCAAGGAAUAUCUCCUCGAUACCAAUGAGACGCGCGAGCUGGGACUCAUUGUAGUGCGUGGGCCGACACUCGUCCUCAUCUCGCCCGUCGAUGGAUCCGAGGAGAUUGCCAAUCCAUUCUAA